AAAACACAUCGACACCCAGCAGCAGCCAACCUUCUUUAUUAUUUUCGACCAUAAAUUGGUUUUCUCCAGAAAAAUCUCUUUCAUUUUGCUUGUUAAUUAAAAAAAAUACAUUAAAUUUUGUAAAGAUUCCCUUGAUUGACUCAUCGUAUUUCUUUGAACAAUUUCUUGUAUUUUUUUUACCAGUUGACUCUUUUUUUUGUUAAUAUUGAUUAUUCCUCGAUCGUACGACAUUUGAAACGACAAAAUUUUCUGUUUUUUCUUUUGGGUCUACUACACAAACUUUUUCACUGCAACCUAAACCCCACCAAUUCCCUUUUGUUGUUUUAGUAAGAAGGCUCUAUUUCCUCGAAAGCACUAGGAAGCAAAAACCAAAAUUUGAACAUCAAGAAUCAGGUUUAAAUAAUUAGGGUUUUAAUUUGAAAAGGACAUGGGAGGCUGCGUUUCUGGUGACUUGAAAGGGGGCAAGCAAGCUAUAGGUGGGGUUCAUGGUAGGCCCACUAUGAAUAAUGACGCAGGAUAUAACGAAGCCAUUGAUCACUUUUUUAGAGUUAGAGAUCAAUCCCCCCUUUUUACUCCAAUUGAGUUAUCUCUGUCAGCAUCAAACUUGCGCAAUCUUGACAUCUUAUCAAAGAGUGAUCCUAUGGCAGUUCUGUAUGUAAAGAAAAUGGAUGGCACACUAGAGGAGCUUGGUCGUACUGAAGUCAUACUCAACUGUUUGAAUCCUACUUGGAUUGAGAAGAUUAAUGUUUCUUAUCAGUUUGAGAUUGUUCAAAAUUUGGUUUUUCAUGUAUAUGAUGUGGAUACCAAGUACUACAACAUGUCUGUGAAGGCACUAAAGCUGAAUGAGCAGGAUUUUUUGGGAGAAGCCACUUGUGUUCUGUCUGAGAUAGUGACCAAAAGAAAUCGAUCUUUAACUCUCAAUCUCCAUGGAAAAAACGGUCUAGGAGGUUCCAAAAACUUUGGGACACUGACUGUCCAUGCUGAAGAAUCUUGUUUAUCCAGAAUGGCUGUGGAGAUGAAAUUGCGUUGUUCUCAGUUAGGCAACAAGGACAUGUUUUCUAAAAGUGAUCCUUUCUUGAGAAUAUCAAGACUAACUGAAAGUGGAAAAUAUGUACCAAUAUGUAAGACAGAGGUGAUAAACAACAAUUUAAAUCCAGUUUGGAGACCGUUAUAUCUAAGCAUGCAACAGUUUGGAAGCAAGGAUAACCCAUUACUUAUCGAGUGUUUCAAUUUCAACAGUAAUGGCAAUCAUGUACUUAUUGGCCAACUUCAUAAAUCAGUUUCUGAGUUGGAAAAACUUCACAAAGAAAGAAGUGGUGCAAAUCUGGUUUUCCCAACUCAUCGUGGUCAGGAAAAGGUUCUCAAGGGCCAGCUCUUUGUAGAUCAAUUUAUUGGGAAAGAGCAAUUCAGUUUCCUUGACUACAUUUCUAGUGGAUUUGAGCUAAAUUUUAUGGUUGCCGUUGACUUUACAGUUUCAAAUGGGACUCCUCGAAAUCAAGAUUCCUUGCACUACAUUGAUCCUUCAGGACGAUUGAAUUCUUACCAGAAAGCUAUAAUAGAGGCUGGGGAGGUCAUACAAUUUUAUGAUUCUGAUAGGAGAUUUCCAGCUUGGGGCUUUGGAGGGAGAUAUGGUGGCACUGUAUCCCAUUGCUUUAACUUGAACGGUACAAAUGCCUAUGAGGUUGAAGGUGUUCAAGGCAUCAUGGCUUCUUAUGCUAAUGCUCUGCAUACUGUCACUCUGGCUGGACCUACUUUGUUCGGCCCUGUAAUCAACACAGCUGCACAAUUGGCUUCUCAGGCUACCUCAAAUGACAUUACCAAAUAUUUUGUGCUGCUCAUUAUAACGGACGGGGUUCUGACAGAUAUAGAGGAAACAAUGGAUGCUUUGGUUAGGGCAUCCGAUCUACCUCUAUCCAUUCUUAUAGUUGGAGUGGGGAAUGCAGACUUUAAACAAAUGGAGGCAUGCCAUUGUAUUCCAGAACAAUCUGGGAUAUUUGAAUUGUCAAUUUUUGCGUUUCUAGAUAGAGUGCUAUACUUGGUUGUAAAUGAUGAUAAGAGAAAGGUUUUCUGGUCUUAUUAUUUUUGUAGGUUCUGGAUGCUGAUGAUGGAUGUCGAUUGGAGAGUUCAACAGGUCGGGUUGCUACACGAGACAUUGUACAAUUUGUUCCCAUGCGAGAAGUGCAUAGCGGGCAGAUUUCUGCUGUUCAGGCUCUACUGGAAGAGCUACCGGAUCAGUUUUUGACUUACAAUCGGUCUAGAAACAUUAAGCCACUCCAUUCUUGAUUGCCCCCAAAAUCUUUCAAAGCAUUUAUAAAGGUAAUUAGAUUACUACCGUCUCUUGAAAUAUGGUGCACAAGAUAGCCUUAAGAACCAAAUACAGAUAUAUGGUUUAGGAUUUAGUUUUACAACAAAUUGUUAAUAUUGGCUUUUAUGCAGAAGUAGAGGUAAAUACCAUGUAAGAAGGCAUUAAUCAAUGAAAUUCGUUGUAUUCAUUGUUUAUUUGAUUCUUAAUUUCUUUUGUGCGUCA